UCCAUAAUGGCGGACGAAGUGUAUUAAAAUGGUUAAUGGCCACAACUUGAUAGUUUUUUAUAUGUGUAAAUAUGACUUCAUACGGACAAAUCGUGAUAGGACCGCCUGGUUGUGGCAAGAGUACAUAUUGUGCUGGAAUGCUGGAGUUUCUUACUAGAAUGGGACGUAAAGUUGCAGUGGUGAACUUAGAUCCUGCUAAUGAAAGCUUGCCUUAUGACUGCAAGAUAGAUAUAUCUACCCUGAUAUCACUGAGCGAUGUGAUGGAUAACUUGAAACUUGGACCUAAUGGAGGCCUUAUUUAUUGCAUGGAGUAUUUAGAAAAGAACUUAGAUUGGUUGGAAAAAGAACUUAAAAAACUCAAGGGAUAUUAUUUUUUGUUUGAUUGUCCAGGGCAGGUUGAACUGUACACUCAUCAUAAUUCAGUGAGAAAUAUGGUAAAACAAYUAGAAAAAUGGGACUUUAGGGUUGUUGCUGUUCAUCUAGUAGAUUCUCAUUAUUGUAGUGAUCCUGGGAAAUUCAUCUCAGUCUUGUUGACAUCACUCAACACRAUGCUUAAAAUUGAGCUUCCUCAUGUGAAUGUUCUUUCCAAAAUUGACCUCAUUGAACAAUAUGGAAAACUAGCGUAUAAUUUAGAGUAUUAUACAGAAGUCAUGGACCUUAAUUAUCUAAUCGACCAGUUAAAAGGUGAUGCUUUCACCAGCAAAUACAAGAAAUUAAAUGAUGCUCUGGUUGGUUUAGUUCAAGACUAUUCUCUUGUGUCAUUCCUGACUCUCAAUAUUCAGGACAAAGAAAGUAUGUUUAAUGUUAUGAAGGCUAUUGACAAGGCUAAUGGUUAUGUGUUUGGUGCAAAAUAUAAGGAAAGUAACUUUUCUGCCCUGAUGUCAUCAGCUGUGGGUGCAGACUUUGAGUUCUUCAAAACAGCGAGUGUUCAAGAACGUUACAUGGACAAAGACAGCUGAGAGCUAAACAAUCCGGUUCACACAAAAACACUGAGGGUAUGAAGUGGCAUUGUCAUCCUGGCUGGUUUUUUUUAUACUCUACAUCAAGUUCAAAAAUCUUUGUCAGGUUCAAAAAGGUGAAAUCAUAGGAGCUAAGAACAACUGGUGUUCUGGGUAAACAGUUAAUCAGGCUAAUAUUAUUCAUAUUGCAGUUUGGCUGCUCUUGAACAAAGAUUCAAGUUACCAAACAAAGCAUUUUGUCACCUUUGAUCCAUGUGUCUGUAUGGAGACACUCUACCAAUGCCCAGGAUAUUACCUACCUAGAACACCUGGGUCUUAGCUUCGAUAAUCUUACCAUUUGAACCUGACAACAAUGUUUGGAUUUAGUGUAUAGAAACUGUUAUGCUGUACUUGAAGUGCUCUUUGUCAAUCCAAAAGCUUGGCAAUAAAAGACAAGAAAAUGUU